AUGAAGGAAAGAAACAUUAGGUUCACCUUCAUGCCCGCAGAGGGCGAUAACAUAGAGCAAGCACCGACGUACUCACCAACCAGCUCAGGCGAUUACAGCGAGAAUGUGGCAAAGCGGGCAUCGGGCGAGAAGCGCCUUUCGACCAUCUCUGGAUCUUGCUUGCCAGAGGUCGUGCCUACGGACAUAUCCCAGGGCAAAGAAGUAGUUCACACAGAUCCCCAGUCAGAGAAGGUCUAUCCACCACCGGAGAACUACCCUGAGCCCUUCGACGAGGAGGGUGGCAAGGAAGUUGUGCCUUUGUCUGUCGACCCAGCGCCGUACCAGCAACCUCACCCGAUGACGGUGCGCAUGAACACGAGAGUGUGUGGCAUACGGCUGAAGUGGACGCUUGUCGUUCUACUGCUUGUGCUCAUAGCCAUAGCUCUCGGCGGUGGGCUGGGUGCUGGUCUUUCUACUGGCUCAAAACAUUCUUCUCCACCACAGACGGGCGCAGGAGCGCUGAAUGGCACCAGCUCAGCUCUCGUGACGCAGUCGUUCCCAACAGCCCCAGGCGGGAGCGAAGAGAACCUAGUGAUGUACUUUCAGCAUCGCGAUGGACACAUUCGCUAUGUGUGGCUUGCUAGCAACGGCACAUGGAUGGGCGGCGAUGCAUCGACUGAUGUGGCUAACAACGCCAAGAACAACACUCCAAUCACAGCAGUGUCCUACACGUGGAGUGGAAACAACUUUUGGCGUGUCUUCUAUAUCGACACAACGAACACAAUCAUGCAGACCUGGAGAAGCAACGCGACCCAGGGGUGGGCGCUCGGCUUACUCAGUGACUCGAACAUCCAACCGUGGGAUUCAGACGAUGUCGGCAUGGAGGUCUGCUGGUAUGGUUCGAUGACUAGCGGAGUCUCAAUCCAAGCGGCAGCGGACACGAACAAUGCCAGCGAUUUGGCCUACCGUCUAGUAUACUCAUCAGAUGAGACGACCUUCCAGACUAUGACUUUCCAUGGCGACACGCAACUUUGGGAGCCAGAGCAAACGCUUCCGGGUGUCGAUGGACGAAGUUCGCCUGCUUGCAGCAACUUCGGAUCUGGCAGCGUUGAUUACUUGAUGCUCAUGGACCCUGACAACUCGGUCAAUGUGUACUGA